CGUUAACCCAGAAACAAUAAUUUAAUUUCAACAUUAUUGUGCUUAAUUUACUUUUUUCUUCUUAUGAUUUAAUUUCAACUUUCAAAGGAUCAUUAUUCCUUUAAUUUUAUCUACGAAUAAUCAUGCCACAGUCGAGAAGGAUCCACCCCAAUUGCCAAAAACUGAAAGAAGUGAACCAAUUAUUAUUAUUAUUAAGUUUAAGCCAGCCCAGUGCCCAGUGUUACUCAGUGUAAGUGUAAGAGUAAGGUCAGGAAAUAGCGGAACUAAAACAAGAUACUGGUAUAACUGCACUGGUGGUAUGUCAUGUGUAAUUAUUUUAAUUCAAGUUUAGUUUAGACUUAGUACUAAGUAAGCAGGCUUGUAUUUAAUUUAUUUACUGUUUUAAUUUUAAAUAAGUAUAAGCCAUGAUAUGUAUAAGCUACUCUACAGUUUAGCCAGGACUUGGGAAUGAUUAAUAAAUUAAUACCCUUGUUGAAUCAAUCAGACUGAUAUGAAUCAAGGGUAAAAAAUUUUUGUUAAAAAAAACCCGAAAACAUUGAUGAAUGAAUUGCAUCGAUUUUCAGAUUAUGAUUAGGGCUAAUGUAAUUUUAAUUAAGGAAUCCAGGCCAGUCACAUGAUGAGUUUCUGUAUAUGAGUAUGAAUUAAACCCCCUCCCCCCCCCCCCCCCCCCCAUUAGACAUGAAUUGUCCCUAUUUCCUAGAGUUAACUUUUCUAUUCUUGAUAUUAAUAUGCUGAUAGAACGUUUUGAAUAAUGACAUUAAUUUAAACACUUGGACACAGCCAAGGCCUGGGUACCAGAUGAUUUAAGUGGUCGGCUCAUUAAACUAUGCUCAGAGCAGCUCUCCUACAUAUUUUGUUACAUAUUUAAUAAAUCUUAUGUAACUCACACAAUACCAGCAAUUUGGAAAACUUCAGAAAUCAUACCAAUUCCAAAGAAAUAAGGUAAAAUACAACUAAUGACUUACGACCUGUUGCACUUACCUCUAUUGUAAUGAAAUGUUUUGAGAAAAUUAUUCUGAAAGAAAUUUUGAAUGAAGUACAGCAAAAACGUGACCACCACCAAUUUGCUUACAAAUCUGCUAGAAGUACGGAGUAUGGAAUCUUACUAUUUUUGGAGAGACUUUACCAUCACCUAGACAGUCCUAAAACAUAUGCCUGAGUGCUUUUCUUAGACUUCUCAUCAGCAUUUAACACUAUCCAACCACAUCUUGUGAUAAAGAAACUUCCCUCGUUAGGUGUCAAUUUAAAUAUUCAGGCUUGGAUACUGAAAUUUUUAAAAAAUCAACCACAACAUGUCAAAGUAAAUAACCAAAUAUCUCUAACCAGAGAAAUAAGCACCUGGGCACCACAAGGCCCUGUUCUCUCCCCUGUACUGUAUACAAUAUAUACCAAUGAUAUUAAAAGCUCAAGCAACACCGUUCCAAUCUUAAAGUUUGCUGAUAUCCACAAGAUAUUACAACAAUUGAGUUCCACAGGGUUUUCAAAGAAUAGUUACAAUCACAUGCACAAUAAUGGGAAAGUAUUGAAACGUGCUCUCUAAAGAAAAAGUCCCAAUAGCACUUGCUUCUAACUAAUAUUUACAACUACCUUACUCUUAAAUUUUAAUAAACGGUCCCAUCCAUUAUUGACAGUAAUGUGAUUUUUGUGUGGAAUUUACCUACCUUGAUAAUCUUUUUCUUAUUGUAUGGCAUUAAAGAAAAUCAACUUACAAUCUAAUUAGAAGGCUAACUAUUUUUUACUGCAUGUAUUUUAACAAGACAUUGGCACAAAUAACUGUUUCCUUUACACAAAAUAAAUAAAUUAGAAAUAAUUAGAAAUAAAUAAGAAACUUUCAGAACCAUCGAUUUUGAGUUUAAUAACUAAUUUUUUUUCUCUCCAGAUUUUAUUAGCUUUUGGAAACACUUAAGGACGUUGCGAAAAGAUGAUUCACUGACAAUGUUGCUAUUUCCUUCUCCAAUAUGUGUUCUAUUAACUUUAAUUCAAUUAUUUUUUGUAAUUGCUGCAUCACAACUCGACGCAAGCAACAAUUCACUGCCAUUUGAUCUUGAGACCAGUCUUGUGUUUCCAUACACUGUCAUCCAAGAUGAAACAUCCAAACUAUCUUUUAACUUUUCUUUCCUUCACAAUAGAACAUCCAAUAAGAAUGAAGCUGCUUCUGAUUCCAAAAUAGUUUCUGAAUUUCCGCAACGUGAUGGCUAUGAAUGGUCAAUAUUUGCCAAGCUUGAUGGUUCUCAGAUUGCAGAGCUGAAGGGUAAAUCAGAGUUUUUCGCACAUGAGCCAACUGGAACUAUAAAUAUUUUAAUAAAAGGUAAUCUGCCUGGGAGAGCUACCCUCUAUUUCUGUGCAGCAACUAAUGGCAAUAAUGUAUCUCAAUCAUCCAUCAAAUCGUGUGACUCCCGAGAUCUUACCUACAAGUUGUAUGUGGAGCGCAAAGAGAGACCAAUUGACAUUGCUUUCAAUGUGGUGGUUAUAUUAUUAGUUGUGAUGACAAACAUUGGAAUGGGUGCCAAGGUAAGAUAAACUUACUUGGAGUUACAACAAAAAAAGUCUUAAAAUAAAGUAUAUGAUAAAUAUUGAGAAAUUUAUUUUUUUUAACAUUUAAAUUUAAAGAAUAAGUAAGACUCUGUCUUGCUUACAGUAUUAUAAGACACUUUAUUUUAAUCUUGUCUGAUAAUUAGAUGAUAUAUUUUAUUUACUUUAAUACAUUUAAACAUAUUUUAUUAACCUGUAAACAAGGGGCCGGCAGCCUAUGGCACACAUCCCACACUGGUAACAUAGAGCAAUUGCAAAGAAGAUUCACGGAAGACCAAAACAAAAAUAAUUGACUAAAAAUGCAUCUAAUCCGGUAGACUUAAAUUGGUUCCUACAUUGGUGCAUUUAACCAAAAGGUUGUCUGCCUCUGGUGAAAAAUGGUGAUUUUUAAUUUUAAAAUAUUAUUUCUUUUUUAUUCCUUCAUUAAUUUUAAUAGAUUGAUUUUGAUGUGGUCAAAGCAGAACUGAAGCGCCCUAUAGCCCCAGCAAUAGGUUUAUGCUGUCAGUUUUUGAUUAUGCCUAUGGUAAGGACUUUCAGAAGUUUAUAGCAUAAAUAUUUCAGAAAAAUAACUUUAUGGGUAAUAAUAAUAAUUGAACAGGAUCUUGGCAGAAUACUGACAGAUGCUUAAUACAAUGGAAAUAAAAAAUGAGUUAAAUUAUGGCUAUAAUGAAUUAUUUUUUUCUUCAGAUUGCCUUUGGCAUAGCCAGCAGUAUAAAACUAGACCCUGGCAUUGCUUUGGGUUUCUUUGCUCUGGGAUGUGCACCAGGGGGCUCUGCUAGUAAUGCUUAUACUCAUCUACUUGGUGGCAACGUCAGUCUUAGUGUUACCAUGACCCUCAUCAGUACUAUAGCAGCAUUAGGUAAGAAGGCAGGCUUUGGUGUAAAGACUACCAUUGUCUUUUUACUUUAACCAGCAUCCAUAAUGAAUUGCGACAGAAAAUGAUGGAUGUACCGUACUUAAGAUGAUUCACAUUUUUUAAGCAUUUGAGAUUUUAAAACACAACCUGCUCAGGUGUUAUAUAAUUUGGUAUAACAAGAAUGUCAGUCAUAAAUAAUGUUUUAUUAUAUUUAAUUUAAUUAUAAGCAAGUAUGCCUGAUAGGUUUUCAAUCACAAAAGAAUGUCUUGUAGCUUAUAAAUAGAAAACAGGCUCUUUAAGACGAUUGGUCGUUUCAAAUUAAUGAAUGCAUUCAUUGAUUACUUGAGUAAAUUUUGGGUGGUGCAUAUCACUGCGGCUGAUAUGUUCUAGAUUUAAUUAUGAUAAUCUGAAGGGUAAGGUGGCAGAAUCUGGGGGGGAUGGUGUGGUAGAGGGGUGGGGGGGGGGUGACAACUGCAACAGUAAAAAUGCAAGGUAUUUACAUUUUUUUUAAAAGGAAGAAAUCGUGUUCUAUAUAUAUUCAUGCGUAUCUUUUUUAAAAAUGAUUGGUAUCCGGUACUCAUUCUGACUUGCUAUACAUUUAUGAUAAUUAUUAAAAUAUUUGUGCCAUAUUUUAAGUAUCCUUGAAUUAGUUCAGUUCACAAUUAUGUUAGACUAGCCCUUCUUUACUUUUUAACUUUUUUUUUCAGGGCUUCUACCAAUGUGGCUAUUCACACUUGGCAAAGUGGUCUACAAUCAAGGAAAUGUCCAAAUUCCAUAUGAGAACAUCUUCUUCUCUCUUCUCGGCAUCAUCGUCCCAGUCCUCAUCGGCCUGUUUCUACAAAGGAAAUUUCCCAAAGUGGCUAAGAUGUGGCUGAGUGCUGUGAAAUACAUUGUGUUUGUGUUCAUUGUUUUUGUCCUAACUGUUGGCGUGUACGCAAAUGUUUACAUAUUUUCUCUCCUCAGCGGAGAAGUUCUUUUGGCUGCGGCGCUGCUGCCCUAUCUCGGCUUUCUCCUAGGCGGCAUUGUGGCUUGCAUCUUUCGCCAAGGGAACGUCAACAUCAUCACCAUAGCAGUUGAGACGGGAAUACAAAACACCGGGAUACCGAUCGUGCUGCUGCGCCUGUCCUUGUUGGGGCCAGAUAAAGACACCAGCAUCGUGGCUCCGGUGGCCUCGGCAUUGUUCACACCCAUCCCUCUCGUCAUUGGGAUCCUCUACGUUCAGACAAGGAUGUUUCUAGAGAAGCGAAGGAAAAAGCUCAAUCAGGAAGGCUCCCUUAUCCACCAGAACAAUGACAACCUAGAAAUACUGAAAGCGUCAGGUGAUUAUCAGAUGGUUAAAACUGACACCUCCGAGGUUUGAGAACUGUUGAUGUGUAAUAUUGAGAGAAUCCUUAUAAUGUUGUUUUUAUUUCUCUUUAUUUUUUCAUGUAAAUUUUGCAACAAAAAAAUAUUUAUUUAACAUGAUCAUGAGUGAAUAUUUAUGUUUUAGGACAGUGAUUUCUAAACUUACCAAUGCCAUGUCCAGAGAUAACUUUGAGAUGACAAUUCUAGAGAUAACCCUCAGAUGACAGUACAGUUAGCUGUCAAGUUUGUCUCUAAGUUUUAACUGUUUCUGGUAUUUUUAAACAUCUGCAAUAUUUGGAAAACAAGUAUUUUGUUUUUUAAUUAUUAUUUUUUCUUGUUAUUUGUGAAGUAUUAUGAUUACAGAGAUACAGAUUCAGCCUUCGAUUUUCUUAUAUUAAAUGAACUCUUUUCAUAUUUGAUAAUUACAAAAAUUCACAAAAAUUUAGGAAACACUGUUCU